UUACCACUCCGACUAAGGGGAGACAACAUCCAGUGGAAGUUGAUAAGACAGCGAAGACUCGUACAUCAAAAUUCUAUAGAAGCACUAAAAAAACAUGACAGUCUAUUCUAAUAGGAAAAAAAACGGGUAACAGUGGUUUGUUCGGUCAGCUAGCUAGUUUUCUGACUACUUUUCAGUUUUGUGUGUUUGCACAUUAUGACUCUUUUGAAUGUAGGCCGAUGCUCUAUUCGACUAUUUUUCAAAAUACCACGGCUGGAAUUUUGACGUAGUGCCUAUUGCAGUACAGUCUAUGGAGUGCCUGGCAGCAUUCGUGAUUCGUGAUUUUUUACGUCAUGCACAUGGAAGCAAGCGGCAAAUUCAAAAUGGCACAAUUUGAUGAAAUUUCGAAGUCUUACCUCAAUAUUUGAUAUGUAACAGCUGACACACAACCUAAGGUCACCAAGUAAAGUGUUUUUAUCACAUGUGACACUCCACAGGUGUCAGAUCUACUGGCCAGUACAGUCCGCCCUUUAAGAUGGCCAGACACAGCUUGUGUCCGCUAGUGGUUCUGGUCUUGCUGCACCUGUUGGGCAGGAGCACUUCAGCCAACAGCAGUGUGGAUAUGGCGCAAGUGACCAGUCAGCUGCUGAAACUGGUGGAAGGGUUACAAGUGAAAACCUCAACCAAAUUUAUACCAUUUGUGGAAAUGCAGAAAGAUAAAGGACUGUAUGAGAGUGAUGUCAAACUGAACUUCCAUGGCCCCCCUGACAUGGCCAUGGUCAGACAAGACAUGAAGCUAUUUGACAACAACAUGUUUGUUACCUCGUGGGUGACCGCGUGUUUGUUAGAGGCGUUUAAGUAUGGUGCAACCCAAGCACCAUCUUCCGAACAGCUUCAAAUGGCUCUGUCAGCUGUAAAUAAAUUCAGAAAUAAGAACAUUCCCCAUGCAAACUCCCUGAUGGUAUUUUGGCCGCAAGUGUACAAUGACAGUGUAAAAACAUAUCAAAGUACUCCGCAAAACCUGAUCAGUAUGUACAAACUGAUGGAACAUCUCCCUUUGGGUGGACUGGAGAAACUUCUCAAGUGGUUUGGACUUACAAAUCUGGAACAUAUCAUUGAAGACAUAAUGAACAUGGAAGGCAUUUUUCUUAAUGCCUUCAGGAUACCUCCUGAUUUCGAUGACACUUUUGUAAACCUUGGUUUGGGAGCACUUUUAACAGACCUGAAGUCAUCAUUUCCCAACGAGCAGGCUCAGUGGUCACAUGAUAAUGCCAACCUCUCCUCAAUCUUUGAUGCCCUAAAGCACUACGCUUACAGGCCAUUUUCCAACGAGAGUAGAGUGAAUACCAUUGAUCCAAGAACGUAUUUCUAUCUGAGAAAAUUCUUGGGUAAAGCUAGGUCAUCUGGGCAGGAUGUGGCUCUUGUGUCAACUUGGAUACAAGAUAUAGAUGAGGCACGCUAUAUGUACGCACGUGGUGAUGUCAUGCCAUUUAACAUCAACAAUGUUGACGUAACUGUAUCAGCGAAUACCAUAUAUGGAAUCACAUCAGCGAUAGUGGCUGGACUACUUCAUCCCAAGAUCUUAGAUGAUGCUGAUGUGCAGAAGAUAUACCUAAACACAACAUCAAUGUUGAUCUGUGAGAUCAGCAGCAACAUGACAGAUAGGAGGGAUCUGGCACUCACAUACUACCCGUCCUUAUUUGAGUUCUACUGGUUCGUGUCAAGAACUGUAUUCUUGAUCAACACAAAGAUCCGCACAGGACCACUGCCACAUCAGCUGUUGUACCGUGUUGGAGCUGACCUGACUAGCGUCCUCCGUGGGGCCAUGACGCAAGCCAUCUUAUUGGCUGGGAGAUCACAGGAAGACACCAUGUAUUUUGAUGACUUUCUUGGGGACGGAGACACAACAAAAGAUAACAAGACUCUAAUCAAUGGCGAGGACCGCAUAUUCACAACAACAAUGGCAACCAAUGCUCUCAUCCAAACGUGGGCAUUUUUUGAUGAGACACAGGGGAAGUUGUUCUGGACGAAAGAGACACCUACGUCUGUUAGGACGACUGUGGAAAAAUCUGUUCUGUGGCUGGUCAACAAUGUGCUAACAGGACAGUACAAGCCUUGGAAUGCCUUUUUCUCGGGGUCAGGGAAAGGUCAUGAGAGCAUGCCCUUCUGGUAUCCUGUGAACCGGAUGGAAUACCUGAAUGGCACCAAGAUUCCUGAUGACAAACACUUCCCGUCGUCCCCCUUUAUAUCCGGCUUCCAAGGUGUAGUAUCAGAGGACAGAUACCUGGAGAUGUGCCAACAAGAACAUUUCGGUCAGAAGACUCCGAUGACUUUUUCUGGCUACAAUGCUGGACGUGGUUACUUCCCCUUCUGGACGUCGGAUGCGUAUACCUAUGCAUCCACUGUCCUGGCCAUCUCCCAAUACAACAACAUACAUGUGGAAUAAGUGUCACCCUGUAAUAUCAAUGUACUGCUCAGUUUAUGACAAAUACCAGGAGAUCAUUACGUGUGUGUGAAGUGUUGUCUUUUAUACAAAUUGUCAAUAAUAUCACAUCUCCACACACUCAGGAAAAUAUUCAUUCCGCGAUAAAGCAAUGGCAGGUAAACAAACCCAGUCCCUGUUUCCAUUACAUUACUGCGAUCCUGUGAAAAAACUGUCACUUUUGUAGAUAGAAAAUGCACAUUAUACCAUUAUAUAUUUGUAUGUGCCCAUUCAACUAUCAUUGGAAACUUUACAUUCCAAAUGCCUACACUAAAAAUCCCUGGAUGUAUGAAUUACAACAAAUAUGUAAAAGCCAGUCUUAUUGUGUCGAGGAAACAUGGUUUUGUAAAUGAGUACUGGAAAAAUUUAAAAGCUUGUAAAUAUGUUUAUAUCUGUGUGCCGUUAUCAUAAUCACUGUCCCUUGUUAAGCUGGAUAUGCUAUGAAAGUAACCCUGAGUGUAAAUAAAGUUCUGUUGUGUUC